GUUGUCUCUCUCACUGUCUCUGUCUUACUCUAUCUAACCUGGUAACACUUUUACAAGCACCGGCAAUCCCCACCCUCCGCAUUUCGUCUCUAUGUUUCCCUCGCCCCCUCGCACCCUCCCCUGUGUAACAGUGGCCAGUGCUGGAUUACUAAAGUCUGAGGCUGCUGGAGCAAGGGGCUGUGCCAGGUUUCGACCAGAAUGGUGGUUCCACCCCAACAUCACCGGAAUCGAGGCAGAGCAGCUCCUGUUGACCCGCGGAGUCCACGGCAGUUUCUUGGCCCGGCCCAGCAAGAGCAACCCUGGGGAUUUUACCCUCUCUGUCAGGCGUAACGAUGAGGUGACCCACAUUAAGAUCCAGAACUCAGGCGACUACUACGACCUGUAUGGAGGGGAGAAGUUCGCCACUCUGGCCGAGCUGGUGCAGUAUUACACAGAACAACAGGAUCUGCUGCGCGAGAGGAACGGCCAUGUCAUCGAGCUCAAGUACCCACUCAACUGCAAAGACCCCACCUCCGAGAGGUGGUACCACGGACACCUCUCUGGGCGAGAUGCAGAGAAACUUCUUACAGACAAAGGCAAGGCCGGCAGUUUCCUGGUACGGGAGAGCCAGAGUAAACCAGGCGACUUCGUCCUCUCAGUCCUCACCAAUGAGGAGAAACACGAAAACCUGGAUCGCAAGACCAAGGUCACCCAUGUUAUGAUACGCUACCAGCAGGAUGGCAAAUACGACGUGGGCGGAGGUGAGAGGUUUGACACCCUGGCUGACCUUGUGGAUCACUACAAGAAAAACCCCAUGGUGGAGAAAAGUGGCAUCGUGGUGCACCUCAAACAGCCAUUUAAUGCCACAAGGAUAAAUGCCGCCAACAUUGAGAACCGGGUACGGGAGCUCAACAAAGUAGCAGACAACUCUGAGAAGCCAAAACAAGGAUUCUGGGAGGAAUUUGAGGUACUUCAGCAGCAGGAGUGCAAACUGCUGUAUCCCCGGAAAGAAGGCCAGAAGCCCGAAAACAAGAGUAAAAACCGAUACAAGAAUAUCCUCCCCUUCGACACAACUCGUGUGGAAAUAAGGGAAGCAGAUCCAGAUGUUCUUGGUUCCGACUAUAUCAAUGCCAACUACAUCAGAAGUGUGCAUGAAGAGGGACGCCACGUGAAUGAGGGCAAAGUCUUCAUCGCCACCCAGGGCUGCUUGCAGAAUACAGUCGUGGACUUCUGGAAGAUGGUGUAUCAGGAGAACACACACGUCAUCGUCAUGACCACGAAGGAGAUAGAGCGAGGACGGAACAAAUGUGUCCGCUACUGGCCGGACCUCCACGCCACCAAGGAGUUCGGGAAGGUGCUGGUGAGGAACAUGGACGAGCGGCCAGCACAGGACUACAUCCUGAGGAAGCUGGAGGUGACCCGUCUGGACCGGAAGGAGCCUCUGAGGUACAUUUGGCACUAUCAGUACCUGAGCUGGCCCGACCACGGCGUGCCCAACGAGCCCGGUGGUGUUCUCUGGUUCCUGGAGGAGGUCAACCGCACACAGAGCACCAUUCCAGACACCGGACCCAUUGUGGUGCAUUGCAGUGCCGGCAUCGGCAGGACAGGCACCAUUAUCGUCGUUGACAUUCUCAUCGAUAUUAUCAACCGCCAAGGUCUGGAUUGUGACAUCGACAUCCCGAAGACCAUCCAGAGGGUACGGCAGCAGAGGUCGGGCAUGGUGCAGACAGAGGCCCAGUAUAAGUUCAUUUACAUGGCUGUGCAGCAGUACAUCGACACGGCUCAGAAGAGACUGGAGGAGGAGCAGAGGAACAAAACGAUGGAGAGGGAAUAUUCCAAUAUCAAAUAUCCCCAGAUGACCAACUCGAGAUCCAAACCCAGUAUGGCAUCCUCGCGCUCUUCUUCUGUAAUGACAAAUGACGAUUCGUCGAGUGUGUACGAGAACAUCAACUUUAAAAGCCCCCAGACAUCUUUUAGCAGCAACACCAGGAGGUAAAACUGUCGGGGUCGUCCACAUUUCUAUGUCUGCCUCCUUUUUCAGCGGAGGUGUCGCAUCGUCAGUGCCCUGAAACUAAACCUGACGGGGGCGGAGGGAGUGUGGUGCUCUGACUACAGCCCCACCACAGUGGACCCUGCUGGGGCCGAGGGUGGCGAGCCAACUCCUCUUCUGCUGCCGUCCCGUCGGGAGUAAAACCUCAGCCUCCCUGGAGAGGAGGACUCUAUGGCAUAGUGCCUGCGCUCAGGGCCUCUCCGUCCUCCCCGGUGUCUCUCAACCUUUUCGCUCCCGCCUCCAAAAGCUUCUCCCUCUCUUAACCAGCGAAAGUGCCUUGUCACAGGCUGUGUCUGUAAUACAGCCUUCCCAGAACCUGCUGUUAAAUCUGCACUGUUACUGUUUCUUCAAACCACGGAAACCCCCAAGUCGACCAGGGCACAUCCGUUUUGUUUUACAUUGGGAUGACGAAUAUAUUGAACAUGGAGUUUGCCACCAGCCUGAAAUGAACAGAGCUGUACGGGACCUAAGAAGAGGUCAAAGCUAAGCUGCAUCUCGAACCCUGAGACUGUUUUCUCUGCAUUCUGCCUCUCCAGCUGUGGUGGUUAUGAAUUUGGCCACUGGGUGACGGCAAGGGCGGUUACAUAACCUGCUCCAGGAUCCUGAAGCCCAGGAAGGGCAAGAAAGCCCUUCUCCUCCUCCUCCUCCUCUUUUUCUUCUUCAUUUUUAAUUUGGGUGUAAAAGUGGAUCCUUUGGACACUUAGUUUUAUUGUUUCACAGAUUUGACUGGUUAUCAAAGAGUUGUAUUCAAUCACCUGCUGCAAAUGCAAAUCAGCUCUUCUGUUAUUUUCCUUUAUUGGAAUUGGAGAGCAUUUUAAAUUUUUUCUUAUGGUUACUGGGACACACACACCUGUCCCGUCCGUCAUCUGAACACCGCCUCCGUUGUAUUUUAUUUGAGUCAGCUUCAUUCAUUUCUUGACGUGUCUGUUGAUGCUGAUGGUAUCGUGGUUGUGUAACAUAUGAGAUGUUUAUUUUCUAAAUAUAUAUCUAUAUUUAUAAAAGAGCACAACGGUGGAAGAGAUCAUGUUUAAGCACAAUUGUCUAAGCAGCCCAGGCCCCCCCCCCAGCGCUGAAUUAGAUGUUUAUUAAUAAAAUAUAUUAAAGUACAUAUUUGACAUCAAUGUGGGUGGAGAGGAUUCCUGAAGGGGUGGUGGGAGGUGAGCGCGGCCGACCGACCGCCCGCCCUCGCUCGGCCUCAUCCGUCUGGCCGUUCUCGUUAGCAGGUUUGAUGCAGUUCAACAUCUGUCGGGGGAGAUCGUCAGCGGGAGAUAAGGCAAAAGGGACGAUUACAGUGGGCCCGAUGGCCAUCUGCCCGAGAUUGAAGAAUAGAUUUGUCUCCAAAAAGUAAUUUGGAAGAUGGCCGUAAUCCAGGCUUGAUGAUAGCGGGGUGAGUAAGCCGACGUCAUCGCUGAUGUGAUAAGGAGGACGGCGUCAGCGGCGGUGUCGCAGAGCGCUCGGCCCCUCUGUGUCCGUCUGGCAGAUUGUUCGCUAUUUUUAGCCUCCCAGGGAUCAGCACCAAAAUAUCUCCGGUGAAAUACGAGUGCAGAUACGUUGGGCGCCAUCUGCCCCGGCUUGUUUAACAUGUAACGGCUUAACGGUCAAAAAAACAUUGUCGUCGCUGACAAUACGACAUUGUAAUGAUGGUGAUGUGUGGCUCAGUGACACCCGUCGGUCGUGUGAUCCGACCAUUCCUCCUCAGGCGUAAAUUAUCCAGUUUCUAAAUCUGCAGCCCGCGAUUCUUAGAUGUUUUUUUUAGUUUUUUUUUAAUCUAGCCAAGAGUGAUGAGUUAAGUGAGACUAAUCAGAUUCAGCCGACCUUGUGCAGUAAGUAACAAUGUAGCCCACGUGUUCACCAUAUCACCGCCACAGAUUCCUCUUAUUAAAGGUGACAUAUUAUGCAAAAAUCUCUUUUUCAGUGUUCAUGCACAUACAUGUGUGUAUCUGUUGAGCCUGCCGGCCCACAAACUGUGAAGAAAGACCACCCUGUGUUUUUUUUGUGAGUUGGCUAAACCCUACAGCCUGACUCUGAACAACUGGUUCAGAUUUCUCUCCCACUCUGAUGUCACACUUGGACUCUUUUGGUGAAACCCCACCUGUAAUCUGAUAAUCUCCACUUCUCUGUUGAAGGGGACUGACAUUUCCUACACUGUUGACCAAUCACAACUGCCUGGGCCAGCUGGCCAAUCAGAGCAGACUGGGGUUUAUCGGGAGGCGGGGCUUAAAGAAGGAGUUUAGGAGUUUUAGACAGAGGGUGAAAAGAGGAGCUGCAGGAAUGGGCAGUAUGAGAACACUGAUGCCUUUUCUGAACAUUUGAGCAAAUAAACCUUUUCAAGGAUGAGCCUGAAUAUAAGCAUAAUAUGUCACCUUUAAAGUUCUACUACGUUUCUCAUCAAUUCACAAAAAAUCUUGUGAGUUGUUGUUUCGGUUUGAAACUUUCCCCCAAGUAACUUGUUGCCCAGUUUUAUUUAAUGGUUGAUUCUUUAUGUGAAUAGAAGCUAUAUUUUAUUGAAUGCCAUUGCUGCCCCGUGUCAGCGAAGGCCGCACUUGAUGAACUUGAGUUUGAACACUGGGGCGGGGUCGUGUGAGCCACUCUUUUUUUUGUCCUUUUCCAGUCUGAACUGUGACCUUGAUCGGAUGAUUGACAAACAGACUUUUAGUGGUGUUGUUUCUGUGCUUCGGAGCAAUUUUGCGCUGUGGUUAAUUGACUUUAGUUUUUUUCCCUUUUGUAUUUCACUCUGCCUCUCUGGUUCAAAAUGUUUGUGAUAUGGUGAAACAUUAAUACUUGAAAGUGUGAAACUGCAGACUCUUCGGCCUCAGGCUCAUCCGGAUGUCCAUUGGUUGUCACAGUCUUCUUGGUAGUGCACAUCAGUGUUAUUUUUAUUUUGUUUGAUUUUUUUUAUUUUAUUUUAUUUUUUAAUUGUACAUAUAUCUAAUUGAUUGUAUUAUCCAUUCUUUCAUUUUGUAUUGUGUCUCAAUUAUUAUUAUUAUUAUUAUUAUUAUUGUAAAUGUACUAUUGAUAAGCACAUUUUGGCUCUGAGUUGAUCCAGUGUACGUGGAGGUGUGCAUUUUUAUUUUCUUUCUGCUUGUCCUAGUACAUUUACUUGAACAUGAUGUUGAUAGGGUUUUGUUUGUUUGUUUGUUUGUUUGUAUUCCUUGCUCCUGUGUCGGUCGCAGUAUGGCUGAAGUGAGUCGUGGUGUACCGAGCGCUCCAGUGUUGUUCAGUGGGCGCUCUUCCCCCUUCCUCCCUCCUCUUCUUGCACUGGCUCUGCCCAAACGCCUUGUUUUUUGCUGUAUAGGCUACAACUGCUGAUGCAAUGAGCUGCCAGAAAUCGGCAUUAAAUGGUUUAUUAUCAUAUAGUUUAAUAAAAAAAAACUCUAUGAUGGCACUAUA